UUUAAUUUUAACUUUUUGUCAAAUAAGGUCCUUACUUAGUACCUUAAGUUCAAACUGUUCUUAUGUGACAGCAUAAGUUAAGAAUUUUUCCUUUUUCGCUUUUCCAUCCAAAAACUAUCUAUAUCAUAACAGUUAACUAUUCAACUGUUGACUUGUUAAAAGGGUAAGUUUGUCUUUUCAUUAAAAAUAAUAAAAAAUAAAAAUCUUUCAGCAACAAUAAAGAAACAAAUAAAGGUGAGGUUUGAAUUACUGUUACCCUUUUUUUAUUGUUGCUGACUCUUGUUUGUAGCUUACUUUUAUGAUGUACUGCUAGGAGCAUUUUUUCCUUGAUAAUAUUUAGCUUAGAAAAUGCUUUAAUAUUAACAUUAUUUGUGUGAAUUUACAUUGGCAUUCUUUAAGUACUAUUGUUGCACAGAAAGUGGAUUCUAACUCACAUAUUUUGUAGCACUUAUCUGAGAUCAUUACCCACCAAAUCUCUUUUUAUUUCUCUAGGAAAAUUAUUGCCUUUGGCAAAAUCAAAUGGACAUCUACUCGUCAGGCGACGCGGAAUUUGAAGGAUGUAACAGGAGAUUGAAAUUAGCCUAUGAGGCUACAACAGAUGAAACAAAAAUAGUCUACGAGAUUGUUAGAACUGGUGCCAAAAUUGUUUCGAUAAAUUUCCUGCAGCGAGCCGCCAAAGUUGUUGCUUCUCCACUAAUUAAGGGAGAAAAAUCAUCUUCCCCUCAAUUCUUACCGCCGAUCUCAGAGCGAAUCAAUGAAGUGAAUGUUCAACAAAUCAACGACGCUCAACAAGUCUCAGCAGCCCAGGAAGACCCUGAAGAUUCACUUGGUGCUGCCGCUGUUGCUACUCAUUUGGUUUCUAUUGUUGCUGAUAAUCUGAUGAUUGGAACUGAAAAAUCCAUAUCAAUUCGGUUGUCUUCGAUGGCUGCUACAUCGUCAAUGGUGGAACGGUGGCGAGAAUCUCCGAUGACAGCCGGAAAACUCCUAAAGAUUACGCCCUUGGAACAGAAUCCCGUUGAUGUGCAGUCAACGCCCAAGAUGUGCGGAAUCUCCAGCCAAACUGAUUCAAUUUCAAAUCUCCAAGGUCGUUCAGGUUUGAAUCCGAAACUGACUCCAUCUUUUCCUUCUUCAAGUGCGGAACAAGGUGAGCAGACUCCCGUGAUCUCAGCGCCAAUUGUGCAUAAGACUCUUCAAAACUCAAGUGAGGCAAAGACAACGUCAAAUUACUCUUCUAUCCGACUCUUCUCCCUCAAAUAA